GCUGAUAGAGUGGAGAAACUAGAAACAGAUGCUGUUAAAUUUAAAGAAAAGUUGAGGGAUUUGGAAUAUUUAAAGAAAAGAGCAGAGGAACUCAAGGAAGAAAAUGUAAUCUUAUUAGACAAUCGACAAUUACUCCGUGAGCAGCUUUCAAGCUUAUCCAAUAAAGAGGAGCGAAUAGAAAUCUUAGAAGAAGAAAAUAAGAAGUUAAAGAACCAAAAAAAACAUAUCGCUGAGGAGAGACAAUUUGAACAAGAGAAACUUAAUGAAGUCAUGGCAACCAAUGCACGGUUAAAUAUAGAAAAACAAGAAAGUAUGGCAGAAUUAGCAUCUUUAACUGCUGAGAUUGAGGUCUUGAGAGGCAAAAGUCCAUCAGGAUCUGUAAAUCUUGCYAGUGAAUGCCAGGAAUCAAGUUCCAUAGAUGUAUUGAGACUUUCUCAUCAAAACGAACACCUUAAAAAGUCACUNGAAGAUCUACGUAGUUCAAGUACGAAGCUAAUUGAGCUUGAGCGCGAAAAUAGAGCUGUUCAUCAGAAGUUUUUAGAAGAAAAGUCGACUGUUCACAAAUUGAAAGAGGAGCUUGCCAAGGCAAAAACAUUAAACAAGCAAAAGACUGAGGAGGCGGAGAAGUUUUCAAAAGCCCUACAUGCACURCAAAACGAUCUCCAUUCAUCCUCCAACGAAGUGCUGAAUUUGUCUGGUGAACUUAAACUCAAAGAUGAAGCAAUAGCAAAUCUUGAGAAUGAAAAUUACAGUCAUGUGAGUGAGCUUCAAGAGAAACUAAAAGACGCUGAAGGAAAAGAUUUGAGUAUGACAUCUUUAAAGGAAAGAGUUGUGAAGAAUGAAAUGCAAUUAGUGGCUCUUGACAAUAAAAACAGAGACAAAGAUUUGGUCAUCACCGACAAACAAAGAACAAUAGAAGAACUAUCAGACUCAUUGCAUGAUAAAGACAGGGAAAUAAAGRGCCUCCAGUCACGGUUGAACGAGUCAGUUGAGGAUCAAUCUAAAGCAGACACCAUUAUCCGAAAACAAAAGAAAGAAAUUGCUGAACUUGAAAACAGGAUUGAAGAGGAAGCUAUGAAACAGAAGAAAUACGAAGAAACGUUAAAGGGAAAAGAAAAUGAGAUUAUAGAACAUACUCAAAGGUUUGAAGAAAUCCAGAGUACUAAGAUGCGAGGUGAUGAUACCUUGAAAAAGAAGGACAAGGAGCUUCAUGAUUUGAAAAACAAACUUCAAGCUGCGAUUGAUGAAUGUGAGCGUUAUAAAGACACUUUGAAUGGAAAAGACCAAAAGAUUGUCUCCUUGCAAAAAAGGGUUGAGGAUUUACUGAAGACAGCUGAUGAGAACUCAGAAACGUUCAGUCAGAACAUUCGAGAAAAAGAUAARCAAAACAGACAUUUUGAGAGACGAAUUGAAGAACUUAUGGAGUCAGUUAGCGAGGUCGAUAAGAUGAAGGAAUCCAUCAAACAAAAAGAUGACAAAAUCAAUAACCUUGUUAAAAGCUUCAAUGAGAAAGAAGACCUAGUACGAGACAUUGAAAGCAGACUUGAAGAUGCAAGUAGUGARAUCAACAAACUAGGUCAUACUAUUAAACUCAAAGAUAAGAAGAUUGAAGCACUUGAAUCAAGUUUGACUGAAAUUGAAACCAGUUCGUUUGUGGUCAAAGAUGACAGAGUUACAGAGAUGAAACGCACAGUUGAAGUCAGGGAUAACAAAAUUGUGGAACUAGAAAACAAGGUUGAAGACUUAACCUCCUUGAACAACAAAUUACAACAUAAUAUCAAACUGAAGGAAAGCAGGAUGACUGAUCUUGAAUUACGGGUUGAGGAAAUCGAGAGUUUAACCUCUGAAAAGAAUCGACUUACACAGAACCUAGAACAAAAGAUGAAGCAAAUCAUUGAUUUAGAAAGCAGUCUUGAAGAUUUCAAGGAUGAAAACUUAAGACUGCAGCACAAUUUGACACAAAAAAGCAACAAGGUUAAAGAAUUUGAGUCCAGGUUUAUGGAGAUUGAGAGUUAUGUUGAGUUAUCACAAAGUCUUCAGCAGAACUUGAACAACAAAGACUACAAGCUGUCUGCUUUGAAUAAUAAUUUGCAAGAUAAGGAAGAACAGAUAGCUGAACUAGAAAAUGGACUAAAAGAAAGCCAGGCACAGAUUCACAAGUYAAAGCACAUCAUUAAGAUCAAAGAUGAAAAAAUAUUGGCUCUUGAAAACAGGAUUGAAGAGCUUGAAUCUGCUGUGAAUGAUUCCAAAAAGCUUGCUCAAAUGAACCAAUCUAAGGAAGACAAGAUCAAAGCUCUUGAAAAUAAGCUCGAGGAACUUGAUGGGGUCACAACUACGAAUGAAAAAUUACAGAAAUCSCUGUCACAGAAAGAAGAGAAAAUUAAUCGACUUCAAGAAAGGUUGGAUGAUGUUGAAGAUGCUGUCAGUAUGAAUAAUAAACUAAAUCAACAUCURAAAAACCGCGAUAAUAAGAUUAAAGUUCUUGGUAAAAGAAUUUUAGAACUCGAAGAUGCUGUAGAAAGGAAGGAAAAAGAGCAAAUCUCAAAUGCUCAGACGAGUUACACGAAAAUACGUGAACUAGAAACAAGUCUAGAGCUUCUUAAAUCUGUAAAAGUGCAGCGUCAGAAUAGUGUUAAGCGACGAGAAGAUAAAAUAGACAACCUGGAACAUCAAAAAACGCAACUUGAAGAGUAUGUGCAGGAACGAGAAGCAAAAGUAGUUGCCCUUCAGAGCAAGUUGGAUGGCUCAGUUGAUCGAUAUAGACAAAUGGAUAUGACAAUUGGAGCAAAAGAGAUGAGGAUAGCAGAACUUGAAGCCAAAUUGAGUGAAGCCAAUGAAGCCUGCCGGGAAAAUAAUAAACUAAGUCAAAUGCUGAAAGCAAAAGAUGCAAGAUUAACAGAACUAGACAACARGAUUCAGGUCCUUGAAUCGUCGACUUCAAAGAGUGAAAAGCGAGACCAGGAAAGAAGCGACAAACUUGAAAUUUUACAAAAGAGGCUGGAAGAAACGCUAAAUCUCAAUAAUAAACUGGACAAAUCAGUUCGCAAGAAAGAAGAGAAUAUUCGAAUACUAGAACGAACAUUACAAGCCAAUGAAAAGAGGGAAGAAGAGUUGCAAGUUUUGCUGGAAACAAGAACAGAAAAGUUGUCAGAAAGUAAAAAUAGAGUUAUUGAACUGAAACUUGAAGACGUUGAAUCAGAUAAGAAUAAAAUUUUGCGCGCUCUCAAAAUAAAAGACAAAGAAAUUGAAGAUUUGGAGCAAAGGGCUACGACAAAAACUGUCAGACAGCAUGAAACAAGAGUUACAAUCCUAACACAAAGCAAUAAAAAACUUGAAGAUAACAUCUUCAGCUUGGAAAGCCAAAUCGAAGAAUCCAAUUCUCAGAUUAAUCACCUUAGUCGAAAAUUGGAGCAAAAAGACGAACGAAUUAAAGGCUUAAAGAAUCGACUCGAGGAAGCUGUCCAUCAGAAUAAUAAACUAACAAAUGCAUUGGAUUUAAAAGAGGAUAAAAUAAGAGCUGUAGAGGAAAGGCUAGGAGAUGCUUCGAAGCAGGUCGUGCAGCUUAGAGAGGAAAAUCAAAGUCGAGCAACUGGACGAGAAAAAGAUAGUAAACAAGGAAAAGCUUCCUCAACAAUUAUCUUUAAACCUGCGUACAACUCGAGGGACGACCGAAAAACUGUCCAUAUGCUAUCGGUGGCUGACAAGCGAAUAGCCGACUUGAAUGACGAAAUCCGUAUCCUUGAGAAGCAGAAUGCAACCAUUAAAACCCAAAGUGAAGGAUUCUCGUCACGUAAUGCACAGCUCCAGAUUGAAAACGAGUCACUUCAUAACGAACUGCGAUUGGUUAGAGGAGACUUUAUGUCAUUACAAAGCGAGCUGAAUGAAGCACGUGACUAUUACCAUCAGUUGGACCUGUCGGCCAUAAAUAUGGGUCACAGAUGCGAGAUGCUGAGYCAACUAAAUGCUACUUUGGAAGAGGAAAACAAAGCUUUGCAUGACAAAGUUAGCUGGCUUAUGGGACAGAAUCGGGAACUCAUGGUAAAAAAUCUGGAAGAAAAAGACCAAUUCAUGGAAGAAGAGCGUUUGUUCUCGUAAGAAAGCUGUCAUUAUCAAUCAAUAAUA